UACGAAAUACAAGGGAAGACGAUUUGUUUUGCGUUUUCACUUCAGAUUGAGCAGCGGUUAGUUGCUGGAUAAAUCCUAAUAAACGACUAAUUUAAAAUCAUGGCAGACUCAAACAUAGAACCUCCUACAAAUGACGUAGAGAGUAACUAUUCAACUCCUGCAAAUGAUCCCAAAAACAUGCAGGAGGUAACACAGUAUGUACAAUCACUGCUCCAAAAUAUGCAAGAUAAAUUCCAAAGCAUGUCAGACCAGAUUAUAAACAGAAUAGAUGAGAUGGGGACUCGAGUGGACGAGCUUGAGAAGAAUAUCACAGACCUCAUGACUCAGGCGGGAGUUGAGAAUGAAAAGUAGGAGCCUCAUGCACAAUGUUAAGGUAUUACCUUAAGGUACUUGCUAGUUAGUUUGCAAUAUCAAACAUAUUUAGACUUAAAAUGCAGUUCAAAUUACUAUAAAUAAUUAAGGUCUGUAAUCAUAAUUAUCUUUGAUUGGAUGUUUUGAAAU